AAGUUUCACUUUCGAAUACAGCUUAAACGGAGAAAGAUCAAAAUUGAAAAGAUACUUUAACUACUUCAGAUUAAUAUUAACAUUUUAAAAGGGUUUGAAAAGUCGUGAGAUGCAGCAAAAGUUUCGAUGCGGAUUAUGCGAGGAUUUAUUUUUCCCUGCCCAGAGACCCUGCCUUGCCCAUCUCAAAGAACAACACAGUGGAAUAAGUUUCAAGUGCAAGUUGUGUCGGAAAAUCUUCAGAAGAAACGAUAACCCCCACCAAUGUCGAGCCACAAAAGACGAUUUUUAUCAAUUUAACCAGCUAAACGGAAAUAAGGGGCAAGAUGCGGAGAUAGAUAUGGAGAUAUUUAUGAAGAAAGCUACGGAGGAUUGGUGUGUAGACAUAGAGAAGAAAAAGAUGGAAGAAAAAGAAAAGUUGAAUGUUUUAUUGGAGGAAUUGGAGGUGAGCGAGGACGAUGAAAAUGAGACUGAUACUUUUGAAAGUUUCCAGAAAAUGAGUUGGGAGAGCGAGGUUUCAUUAUAUGAACUGGAUCAAUUGGAAAGAAAAGAAAUAGAAUCAGAAGAAAACAGGACGAAGGAAGAAAAUCAAAAGAAGGAAGAAGAAGAAAUGAAAAAGAAGAAUGAUGUAAUUAUGAAGGAAGAAGAGAGGAAAAAGAAGAAGGAAGAAGAAAUGAAAAAAGAGCAGAAGAAGAAGGAAGAAAAACUUAAGAAGAAAGAAGCAGAACUGAAAAAGAAAAAUGAU